AAACGCACAGUAGCAGUGAGAAAAGCUAGCAGCCAUUAUUUCAGGUUGCUAGCACGAUUAACUUUCAUUGCGGUCGCGUUAAAAUCAUCCAUGCCAAGACACGAAGAGAGACUUAAAUGUUUUGUGUCGCAUUCAUGUUUAAAUAGCGGCACGCGAGUUUACCCGACCACCUACCGUGAAUUGUCCCCCGACUCUUCUCCUCUUCUAUAAGAGCUGGCAGGAUGCAACUAAAUGCCAAUAAAUAUUAAGGAAGGGAAGACCAAAAGAGAAGACGUUGGCACGGUGUGUGCCAAUUCAGUUGAAGACCGAGGGACUACAUAAUCCAGCAGAAAAUGAACGGUCUGUCUAUACGAGAGCUAUGCUGCCUGUUCUGCUGCCCUCCGUGCCCGAGCCGCAUUGCAGCCAAACUAGCUUUCCUGCCACCAGAGCCCACCUAUGCUCUACUUCCUGACCAAGAUCCGACUUCUGGAUCUGUUUCUUCUGGCUCUACCUCUGGGACGUCCUUACCUUCUCUGGGAGCUCCGGGACUGCGCUCUCGGCUCAGUGCCGGGAGUGGAGGUGACAGAGGAGGCACGGGCAGUGGUGGCAGCGGUGUGGGUACGGCAGGAAGCAGUGGCAACAACAGUACCGGUAGCUCCGGCGGCGGAAGUGAAGCAAGGUGGAAACUGCAUCUCACAGAGAGAGCCGAGUUCCAGUAUUCACAGAGAGAGCUGGAUGUGACGGAUGUAUUCCUGACACGGUCUAACAGAGGAAACCGGAUUGGUUGCAUGUACAUUCGCUGUGCUCCCAAUGCUAGGUUUACUGUCUUGUUUUCUCAUGGUAACGCGGUGGAUCUCGGGCAGAUGAGUAGCUUCUACAUCGGCUUAGGCACACGCAUAAACUGCAAUAUUUUCUCUUACGAUUACUCGGGCUACGGUGUGAGCACCGGGAAGCCGUCGGAGAAGAACCUUUAUGCUGACAUUGAUGCUGCUUGGCAUGCAUUACGUUCAAGGUAUGGCAUCAGCCCAGAGAACAUCAUCCUGUACGGGCAGAGCAUCGGCACCGUGCCCACAGUGGACUUGGCAUCACGGUUCGAAUGUGCUGCUGUGGUCCUCCACUCUCCUCUCACCUCAGGGAUGAGAGUGGCAUUCCCAGACACCAAGAAAACCUACUGCUUCGAUGCUUUUCCCAACAUAGAGAAGGUUUCAAAGAUCCCGUCGCCGGUGUUGAUCAUCCACGGCACUGAGGACGAGGUGAUUGACUUCUCCCAUGGCCUUGCCCUCUUCGAGCGUUGCCCCAAAGCGGUGGAGCCUCUGUGGGUGGAAGGAGCCGGUCACAACGACAUUGAGCUUUACAGUCAGUACCUGGAGCGACUACGACGCUUCAUCAACCAGGACCUGGCGGCUCAGCACACCUAAGAAAACCACUUGUAACCGGUUUGAGGAAACCAGACUGUGUGAGUGCGUGGAUGUUUGAGUAGCACACCUGGAAACAAAAAGGGAUGUGUGUGUGUGUGCGUUUUGUCAACACUGUGUGUCUUUAAAACAUCACACCUUUGUUACUGCUCAGCACAUUGAACUAAAGUACUAUUUUUAGAGCAGAGUGGUUAUUAAUACCACUGCUCUGCCACACUACAACCAUGUGAAAUUUGCAAUUGGACGCGUAACUACACGCUGGGUGUGUUGAUGGUAACAACAGUGUGAGUCGUUUCACUGUCACACAUUUGUGGGUCUGUGUGUGUGUGAACUGAGGCAGUAAAGACAGAAAUGAAGGACUCGUUUGUGACUUGAACAAAUUGAGGAAAAAAAACUUUUUUUUUUUUUAAUUUACAUAUGUACCUAUGUAUGAAGAAUACCUCCACAGUAUGACCAGCUCGCUUCAGUGGACACAAUCUGGUCACUCCUGUGAUGCCUCCACUUCCUGUUUACCUGUAGAGCAGGCAUCCAACCGACUCCCGGGGCAUUUCUAGAACCAUCCCUCUCACAGUCGGGGAUUAUCCCAAACACCCUCUUCCUCACUCCUGGCUCCUUUCCUGUCAAACUGGGCCGGUUCCAACAGCAGCUUUCGCCUCCUUCUGGUGACAAAACUGCAGCAUGCAGCUGUGCGGAGUUUCAGGCCACAAUGGUCACACUAAGCCGGGAGUUGGGCGCGAACCAAACCACUGAUCAUAACUUGAGGUGUCACUACACAGAAGAGGGGUGUAGCUGUCCUUAUUUAUUUCCUCUUUAAUGCUCAAUAGCUGCACUCUGUAACUGGAGGCGACAAGUCGGCGUGAAGUGAAGAUUUGCUCAGAUGAAAGGGGAAUUAUCAGAAACAUGGACUGCUGUUGAUACCAAGUGAUGAUUCUGUUCUCAGAGAAUGUAACUUGAUGGAUAUUCUGACUUUAAGUCCGCCGUUCCGUUCACUACAUCUUUUUGUCCGCGUGUUCUUCCAGUGUUGGGCUUGUCCCUAGCAGGAUUGAGGCCCAGUCCAUGUGUACCGGAGACUCCUAAACGUAACACUAAGACCUUGCAAAAACGCUCCUCCUGGUGUGGAGUUUUAUAGAGUUAGCUCCGUGCAUCAGCUUCAUUUGUAGUCAUUUCUACAAGCCUUAUAUCUAAAUUCCAUGCCAUGACUUUCUUUGCAUUUCCCACCUUGUCCUUUGUCGCCCCCUGUUGGCUCCUUUAUGUCACCACAUUUGAAGACUACCGUCUUCACUUGCGUACACGUGAACUGGGUCGGAGCGACGCCCCUGCUAUCACCCACAUUUGUCCCCCUAAUGUACAGGAGCUCUUCUGUUUGUGGUGCAGGUUCCACCACACACACACAACACACAUACUGUAGUACACAACUACACCUGUCUAAUGUCUAUAAAUAUAAGAUGAAGCAUGAGAAUAAGCAGGUCUUCAGUUCGGCACUAUUGUAUAAAGCAUCUGAGUUGUGACAGGUAGGUAUGAAUGCUGGUCUGUGCGUUAAUAUUUGGGCCUCAGAGGAAGGUCAGCAUCCAGAACCAGCAGCACAUCAAGCUACAAUAUCAUUGGUAUGUGCCGACAGUUGCAGCUGUUUUGUUAAAGGGAAACACACUUCGGAUUUCCUUCGGUUUACCGCCUUGGAAAUGUUACCAAAUGUCAUCUUUUAGAACAAACAUCUCCUGUCUUUUGUCAUUUGUCUAUAAUAUUUAAUGGAAAUCUGUUACAACUAGAUCCCAGAUGCUUUGUGUGUAAAACUAGAUGUCGGUGGACUGGUGGUGUUUAUAUCAGGGAACCACUGGAUCCUCGUGAUGGGACGUUUGAAGAACUUUGGUGUAAACAUGUUGUUAUAUUAAUGAACCACUAUGGUUGAUGUAAAUUGUAUCCCCUGGCCCUGAAUGUCUAUAGAAGGGGGAGGAACAGUGACAACUUUAUGCAUGUCUGUAGGUGACGGGUCGGGACUUUAUCUCUAAUAUAUAUAUCUAUGUGAGGGGAAACGCUGAACUCCAGGUAUCGGAACAUUGAAGCGCUUUAAAAAAAGAAAAAAGAAAAGAAAAAGAGGACUUUUUUUAUCGCUAACUGACGUAAUGUUCUGAGUUGUUUGUGGGCGGGGGCUUGAGUGGGCGGGGCUCG